AUGAGAAACAACAUUUCCUAUACUAAUUGUGUAAUUCAGCUCUUCCUGUUCAUGACUCUUGUGGGAGCAGAGUGCCUUCUCCUGGCAGUCAUGGCUUACGACCGCUAUGUGGCAAUAUUCCAUCCCCUCCACUACUCAUUUCUCAUGUGCCCUACAGUUUGUAUUUUCAUGGUGGCUGGCACUUGGCUGGAUGCACUUCUCAAUGCCUUCAUCCAUGUUGUCUAUGUUCUGAAUCUUCCUUAUUGUGGCUCCAGGGAAAUCCAUCAUUUCUUUUGUGAGAUCCCAGCUCUCCUGAAACUUGUUUGUGCUGACACUUCUCUUUAUGAAAAUGGCCUUUUUGUCAGUGGUGUUGUAUUUCUCCUCUUUCCAAUAUCUGCCAUCAUGGCUUCAUAUGGGCAGAUUCUCUACACUGUUUUGAGAUUAGGAUUAAACAUGGGGAUGAGGAAGACUUUGGCAAUGUGUUCUUCCCAUAUGAUUGUGGUGACUCUCUUCUAUGGAAUAGUCAUCAUCAAGUAUUUUCUCCUCAAAGCCUAUCACACUGCUGAGCAGGACAAAGUGGUCUCUAUCUUUUACACCAUCCUAAUGCUCAAUCCCCUCAUCUACAGUCUGAGAAACAAGAGAUGGCUGGAGCCCUCAGGAAAGUCUUCAGAAGAAAAGUAA